AAGAAGAAGAAGACGAAGAAGAAGAAAAAAGAAAAAAGAAAAAAAAAACGCUCAUGCUUGUCAUUAUCACGAACGAAUCUAGUAUGUCAUCCAUGGUGUUAGCCUGAAAAGAGUGGUGAUGAUUUUUUUAACCUCGAGAUAACUUGCAGCUAUACAAGAAUGACGGAUUACGCCGAAGAGCAAAGGAAUGAACUCGAGGCUAUAGAGUCCAUCUACCCAGACUCAUUCACAGUGCUUUCAGAUUCCCCCACCAGCUUCACCAUCACGGUAACAUCAGAUGCUGGGGAAAAUGGUGAAACUGUGGAAGCAACACUAAGGUUCACAUAUGUAGAGAAAUACCCAGAUGAGCCUCCGCUGUGGGAGAUCCACUCUCAGGAGAACCUUGACAACAGUGAUGUGGAGGACAUUCUUGCCUUACUGCAGCAACAGGCAGAAGAAAACUUGGGCAUGGUGAUGAUUUUCACCCUGGUGACAGCUGUUCAGGAAAAACUCAAUGAAAUUGUAGAUGUAAUGAAAACCAGACAAGAAGAGGAGAAGCGGCGGAAAGAGAAAGAAGCAGAAGAAGCAGAAAAGGUGGCAUUCCAGGGGACAGUGGUAACCAUUGAAAACUUUCUGGUGUGGAAAGCCAAGUUUGAGCUGGAGAUGGCUGAGGUGAGGAGGAAGAAACUAAAGGAGGAGGAACAGACAGGAAAGCCCAAACUCACUGGUAAACAGCUGUUUGAGAGAGACCACAACCUGGACACAUCUGAUAUUCAGUUCCUUGAAGAGACUGGAAACAACGUUGAAGUGGACGAGUCACUGUUCCAGGACAUUGAGGACUUGGAUUUAGAUGAGGAGGACCCAGACUUUGACCCUUUACAGAUGGGCAGUGAUGAGGACUAAAGGAGGGAGGAGGACAGAGGACUACUGAAGACUGACAGGACCAUAGUUUUUCUCUCUGGAAUAUGAUCUGACCAGACAUAUUAAGAAAAUCCUACACCUGCAUUUAUAUUUAAAGACACAACAGCUUAAGGUGCGAUCUUCAUAGAUACGACAUACACAUUUCACUCAACCAUGUCCAUUUUUAAGCCUGGACAAUUAAAUUUUUCAGCUAAAGGUCUGACUCUGGUGCUGCUGGAAAUGCAAGACAUCCCAGUGAUAGGCAUAUUAUUUGGCCAGAAGAGGGAAAUAAAAUAUCACAUAUGGCCCAAAGCAAGGCAAGAGGAAAUAUUUAGAUGAUGUACUGAUAUUAAAGCAGCCAUUACAUUACAUGUUGGAUCGUUGUAUUUAAACUGUUAUUAUGCAUUUGCAUGUAGAGAAGUACUGGCAGCAAAAUGUACUAUGUACUUUGAAGAUUAAAAGCACUUGUUCUGCAGA